CAAUGCAGUCGAUUCAUUCUCCUCCACCGCCGCCCUAUGGCUACGUACUCUGGCAAAAACAGACGCUGCGCGAGCACACAGAUACUGUGAGGAAGCCACUACCACCUCAGUAUGUAGAAAUGGGAGGUUGGAAGUUUGUACGCAUCAAGGACCUGGCUGUCUGGGACCGAUCGCCUUUCUCGGACUACUCCCAAGCUGAAAACGACGCGCCUGAAAGGUUGGUAGAAGAAGCCAGAGUCGAAGAAUAUAUCUUCACAGGCUCUCGCGAAAAAGACAUCAACGCGUUGCAUGACUAUAUCGAAGCUUGCAACAAGGCCAUUCAUGCUCUUGACCCUGCCGAUCGAGAAGCACGAACGCUGGCAAGACUCAAGCUUCGGAUGGAUAUGACGAUCCUCAAAGAAUCCUUGAAGGAGGAGCUCGAAGUCCUGACAGAGGAGAACAGUGAUGGCUACCAGGGAUUCGACGACGGGCCAAUCGACAACUACCAGUUUGCGCGAUCGCAGAUGCGGCCAAAAGGAUAUCGCUGGUCCUGUCCAGGGUGGCUA